UGCGUUUGCUGAGUGAGGUUUUCGGCUGCCGUUACCGUUACCGUCCCGAGUUUUUAACUAUUUCAUAUUAGUUAUUUACUUCUUAGUUAGUUUACUUCUUCAACUUCGGCUUCUCAUCGCCAUUGCCGCUGUAGAGCAGAGCGUAUGCAAUAUGAAAUCAUUGCAAUAACAACAACAGCAUACACGUUUAUAUUUAUAUACUUAGUAACAUAAUAAACAAAAUUUAAAAUCCGCUCACCCCGGCGUAUGAGUAACCAGUAUACGUUGAGAGGCUGUUCAGAAGUGCCAAGAACAGUAUUUGCACAUACCGAUGAAGUAUUUUACGUAAUAACUAUAAAAGUUAAAGAAAAAAUUAAAAAUAGAGAUAAAGAAGGAAACAAUAAUCAAAACAAAAAGAAGCACAACAGUGAGGAAAAAUAAAUUCCAAAGUAGUAGAAAUACAAACAAAUCAACCGAAGCAACAUAACAAAUUUUGCGCCUUUAGCAAAAAUAUACAGAAAAGCAUCAUGGUGUCUCGCCGCAAAAUUCUUUCACGUUCUAGAGAUGAUCUGAAUUUGGAUCAGACUUUUAGUCCACAGGAAGAGGAGGAGGAUGUAUGGUAUCAAAAGGAUAAACUAUACAAGGAGCAUAUACAAGAAGUUCUAGACAAAUGGACACAAAUCGAUGAUGAGAUUUGGGCUAAAGUAAUUGUCUUCGAACGCAAUCGUCGUGUGGCGAAAGCGUACGCGCGAGCACCAGUGCUCACCAUAAAUGGCUCCGAUGAUGGUUUUGAUGGAAUGCGCAUCGGCUUAUGCGGGUUUGAUAAUCCAAUGCGCGAUCAAAAAACGGAGGAGUUUAAAAGGCACAUUGGGCAGGGUGUUAAAAUCAAAAUGGAUGACGCCGGUAAUAUACUUGUCCGUCGCUAUGCCAAAAGUAAUGUUUACAUUAAGAGCACAGCGAGCAGCUCCAACGAGGAGACAUCCAUUGGUGCCGACAUACUCAAAUUGCCAAAUCAAGCUUUGGAAAGCGAAAAAAUAGUCAAAUUAUUCGAUAUGAAAAAAUUUCAAUCAAAUGUAAAUCGUGAGCUCCGGCGUGCUUAUCCCGACCGUCGACGCCUGGAGACACAGUGCCUAUCUGUUUUGGCAUUUGUCAAAUCGGAGAAUGAUAUAUUAGAAUGUCCUAUUUGGGUGCUCAUUGUGAAUGUGGUCGCAAUGGAUAUGCUCAAAAGUAAAUUGCCACCAGUGCAACGCCCAGUGGUGGACAUUAAGAAUCGCCCUAGAAUUCCUAUACCCGAUGAGGAUCCUUACAGUGUGGCCGGCAAUGGCAGUGGCGGCAGCUCGGGCAGUUCUGGUUUUGGUGCUGGCAGCAAUUCGAGCCAUCAUCAGCAACAACAACAACAACAUUCAGCAGCUGCCUUGCACAGCAUGAAUGGCGCUGGCGGUAUCAAUGGUGGGCCAGCUGCCGCUGGUCAUGUGGCUGCCACACGUGAGCAGUUGCUGUUGCAGACACAACAAUUGGCACAUAAGCGCAGCGAAAAACCGCCAAAAUUGCCACCACGCGAUAAUAUAUACGCACAUGACAUCAUACCGAAGCCUGACUACGACGAUAUCGAAGUGGAUACCAGAAUCAAGUUGUCACGUGGCAAAUCAGACAAAGGCAAAGACAACAAGAAAUAUGAUGAUCCCUACUAUUGCGGUUUGCGUGCACGUGUGCCGAACUUUGUGAAAUCAUCAAAAUCCUCCAAGGAGCACAAGGAACACGCCACCAAUGGCAGCGUUUCUAACGGUAGCGUUAGCAACAGCAAUGGCAACUCCAACGGCAGCAACAUGAACACACUCAGCCAGAAAAAGACUUCUAUGCUACACAUGUCGAUGACGGCGCCAAAUUUGCAGCACGCAUUGCACGUGGCUCCCCCGCCACCACCACACAUGCAUCCACAUCACAUACAGCAGCAGCAAUUGAUGGCCGCCGCUGCAGCACAUGCAGUGCAUCAUCACCAUCCAGCAGCGACUGCGGCCGCACAUCACCAACAUCAUCUGCCACAGCAUCCCAUGUGGCAGGCGCGUAGCUUCGAGAGCGGCAUAGAUGCCGAUUUGAUUGAAUCACCAUAUAAUCACAUCUACGGUCGUUUACCGCUGCCGACGCGCGGUUAUGUGCCCACACCCCGCACCAUGUACAUCGGUGAAUGGGAUUGAUAGGGAAGGGAUAUACUGAGCAAAAAUAAUUUAAAGAGAAAACUGCACAUUGCUACAUAUACAACUAUAUGACUAUGCUGUAUACUUCAUUUUAUAUAAGUACGCUCUAUCUAUCUAUGUAUUAGAAUAUGCUUUAUGCAAUAUUAUUAACUAUUUAUAAGUGCACAUUAUUACAUAAGCAAUUGAGUAUGUAAGUAAAGUACUUGCGCAAUUUAAAGAAAAUUUACUAUAUAAGCACAUACUUACAUACGUUCAGUAUAAAGGAGAUGCUUGGAAAAUAUGGGUCCAGCGAUACGCGAUGUAGUAUAUAAAUAUGUACUUAAGUUCGUUGCAAACAAUAUAUUAUUUUUAUGUGGUUGAAAUGAAGAAGUGCUUAAGUUGAUUUAAGAAAAUUUUUG